AUGGCAACAGCCUUCCAGCUAUUCCUGAUAACAUUUCUGGGCAUGCUCUCCGAUUCGGAUGGAUUUCAUGGUUAUUAUUGUCUUCCUCAUCAUUACCACCGCAGUACUACCUCUCGACGAUGGGCACUGCAUGCCGGCGCUGAUGCUAUUGUACCACCUACAGUUUGGAUCCAAGAUGCCGAAGAAGAUUUUGUGGAUGAAGAUGAAAAUCUAGAGGAUGGCGAAAUUUGUCUCAAAUCAGUCAAGGCCUUUGCCUCACCAGUGCUGGUCGAAGAUGUUGUGCCACGAUUCUUGAGUGCCGGGGCGCUGGUCCAACGUCCAACAAUCGUAGAGGACAUUCGAUCCGUUUGCGAUGCCUGGACGGCUGAUGCCAUUCUGGAGGAAGGAGGCCCGAAUCUGCAACUACAGGGGGCAUCCUUGGUGUUGGACGACUUGUUUCAAUUUCAUUUGGAGCAACAACCGGCAGAUCCGAUUGGCGCAUUGCAGACUUUUGUUGUACAAUGUGGUAGUAUUGAGAACGAAACUUCCUGUGCUUCUUACAUGGCGGCAAAUUCACGGGGAUUUCGACCCUUGAAGGACUUGGUGAGAGAAUCUUCCAUCUACACGAAAUCUGCAUAUCUUGAUGGUAGCUUGGACGGCAUGGUGUUGGAAAUAAACAAAGCACGGGUCGCCUAUGGACGCUUGAUCGAAAUGGGUUGCCCCAAUCAUGGUACAAUAUCCAAAAUCCUCCAACUGCUUCCGGACGAUGACCUAAUCCAACGAUUCACGAUCAAACGGUUCUCGGCAAAAUAG